UCUCUCCAUCUCCAAAGACUGAGAAAAGAGAAAAAGAAACACCAAGAAAGAGAGAGAAAGAGAGAGAAACCGAAGGAAAAUCCCCGAGAAACGAAGAGAGGAAGUGGAAAAUGGUGGUGGAGGAGGCGCUAAAGUCAGCGACCACCGAGGAAGAGAGCAACACCAACAUCAACAUGAUCGCAAACCCUAACCCUAACCCCAGGGCUGGCGGAGCUGGGGAGGAGGACGAGGAGCCCGAGGAGGGAGAGAUCGUCGGGGAAGAUGAGGACUCGAAGCAAACGGGCACGGAGGUGGUGCACCAGUCCCACCCGCUCGAGCACUCGUGGACCUUCUGGUUCGACAACCCCGCUGCCAAGUCCAAGCAGGCCGCUUGGGGUAGCUCUCUGAGGCCGAUCUACACCUUUUCUACGGUUGAAGAGUUCUGGAGCGUUUACAAUAAUAUUCAUCAUCCAAGCAAAUUGCUUGUUGGAGCAGACUUCUAUUGUUUUAAACAUCAAAUAGAGCCAAAAUGGGAGGACCCUGUUUGUGCUAAUGGAGGGAAGUGGACUAUAACCUUUUUUAAUAGAGGGAAAUCUGACACCUGUUGGUUGUAUACGUUGCUUGCAAUGAUUGGAGAGCAAUUUGAUCGCGGAGACGAAAUAUGUGGAGCAGUUGUCAAUGUGAGAGCUAGGCAGGAAAAAGUUAGUGUGUGGACCAAGAAUGCUUCAAAUGAAGCUGCACAGUUGAGCAUUGGGAAACAGUGGAAGGAGUUUCUCGAUUACAAUGACACGAUAGGAUUUAUAUUCCAUGAUGAUGCAAAGAAACUUGACAAAAAUGCCAAGAAUCGCUACACAGUAUGAUGUGUAGUGUUCUUCGCUAGGGGUAUGCCAAGAGGAUGCACGAUGUUUUCUGGUUGCUGCCUACUCAUCCUAGAUACCAUUCUAGGAUUUGGUCUGAGUUGUCCCUGCUUUGGACCAUUUUCCAUUUGGCCAGAGAAAUUUACAGUGAUAUGAGCUGAGUUAGACUUCCUCCUAUCAAAUCUUUAAAUAUCAAUGUAGAAUAAUUAGUGGCUCAAAUUUCUCAAAAAUUCCUCAUUGUUCUUGUCUGCAUAGUUUA